UGAAUAAAUGAUUAACGCCUCUCCCCUCUGCAACAGUGGAAUGGCACAAGACGAUGCCGAAGCUUGAAGUUUCUCCGAAGCUUUUUAGACUUGUCAUCUGUCAGUAGCGCCAAGUGACUUGAGAGCAACAUUCGUCCCGUGCUGAUUAUGACGGCCAACAAUCGGCACAUUCGCCAAGGGUAACGAAAGCUCGUGGGUCCCGAUAAAAGCCGACCAAAGGAGGCAAGUGAGCCAUGCAUGAGUUGACAGCACAAGUCACCAGCAGCCUGCUGCCUUUUCCUGCGGUGACUCUCGAGGCUGUAGGAGAGGAUGAGAUCACGCUGGACUCUGUGCUUCACGGCAGGUUUACUGUUGGCCGUACAGGGCAUGCUUGGCUUGCCUGCGGCCCCCAUCUUGAGUUCGUCCACGCAUUGACCGGAGAACGUAUGUCUGCGUACUGCUUUAGUGGUGGAGGGGAGCACCCACCCAGCAUCCUCACCGCAAGGGACUUCAGCUGGCUCAAAAGGUCUGGCUUGCUGGUGGGCUUGGAAGAAACCGAAGGCAGUGUGUUGUGUCUCUAUGACUUGGGGCUGUCCAGAGUGACCAAGGCUGUGGUUAUACCAGGCAGGAUUACAGCCAUUGAGCCCUUAGUGAGCUAUGGUGGGGCAAGCACUUCCACCCAGCAUCUCCACCAGUGUCUUCGCUGGUUCUUUGGCAUCGCCGCUGUAGUCACGGAUGUAGGCCAUGUGCUGCUCGUGGACCUCUGUCUGGACGACCUGUCUUGCAGCCAGAGCGAGCUGAAGGCUUCAGGCUUGCAAGUAGUGACCAAAACUCUGAGAGAGAUUCCCAGGCUUCGAGAAGUGAGCAGCAGAGAGGGCAGACACCUUUCCCUCCAGCUCAAUGGGCCAAGUGGUGUAUCAGCCACAGCCCUGCAGUACAUCCCCAGAACAAACCAGCUGGCCGUGGGUUUCUCUGAUGGCUACUUACAGCUAUGGAACUUGAAGUCUCUCAGAAAAGAAUACCACUGCCAGUUGGAUGGUGGCAGAGUGCCCGUUCACGCCUUCACCUUCCAGGAGCCAGAAAAUGACCCCAGAAACUGCUGCUACCUCUGGGCUGUCCAAUCUUCUCAGGAUCAAGAAGGCGAUACGGUCAGUCUCCACCUGCUACAGAUGGCUUUCAGUGAGCGUAAAUGUCUGGCCUCAGGGAAGAUCCUCUAUGAGGGUCUUGAGUACUGUGAGGAGCGUUACAGUCAAGAGUUGAGUGGUGCAGCUUUUCCUCUCAGAGCCCAGAACACCAACACCCGCUUGCUGAACUGCCAGACCAUCGAGAAAUUCCGACCCCAUCCAGACAGGGACGACAGCAUGACUGAAGUUGCAUCUCCAGACACCAGUGUGUCCAUCUUUAGCUGGCAAGUCAAGGCCUACGGGCAAGGAAUGCCUUCUACCUACAUUGGCAUUUUUGACAUCAACCGCUGGUACCAUGCACAGAUGCCAGACUCAUUCAGAAUGGGCGAGUCUCUGCAGAACUGUGCUUACCUUGCCGUUUGGUGUUUGGACCCAGUGACGCAAAUGGCUCCUCAGAACGUCUUACUGGAUGUAGUUGUACAGGAUCACAGUCUCAGCAGGGGUCUGCCUUUGACUUUCCCCCCACCGGAACAGUACUUUAACCCAACCACAUACAACUUUGAUGCUACCUGUUUAUUCAACUCUGGAAUUGUCCAUUCAACCUGCUCUGGACAUCAGAAACAAACUUUGAACUUUUUGAAGAAAGCUGCUCCGUGUUCCAGUGACGUCAUCUCCAGCAGCUACUCGCGGUGUCUCAUGUCAGGCCUUCUGCCAUCUCGCCUUGCUGAUGCCCAUUCUUCCAAUCUCUCUCAGGAGGAGCAGCUAGACGCCAUCCUGUCGACUGCAGUCGAGACCAGCACUUUGGGACUGAUCACUGGUUGUAUCAAGCAGUGGACUGCAGAGGAACAACCAGGCUCUGCGCUAAACCUUCGCUAUAUCUUGGAUUGGGCCUGGAAGAAAGUGACCAAGACCAAGGAGGAAUUGGAUAGCAUUUGUGCACCUCUAUUCGACAGCUCGUCCAACUUCACAGAUCCUCAGACCAUGCAGCUGCUGCAGCACAGCCAGAGACUUCUGGAGAACCUCAGCACCAUCUUCCACUGUCUGCUCACCGAAGCUCAGGAGCUCACGCAGAAAGGUCUUAUAGGUCUGAUCAACAAGAAUGUGGCGUCUGGUCUGAUUUCCAAGUACGCUCAAGUGGUCCUCUGGUUCUGUCGCACUGGCCUGCUGCCUGAAGGAUCAGAUGUUGAUGCCGUGCAGAUCUCCAGGCCUUUCUACAGUCACUCAGUCAUUAGCAACUAUUACUCUAUUCGCAGGGAGGAGCUCACGUCUCUGGCCAAGGGAAAGUGGUGUGCUGACUGCCUGAUGAUUGACAGUUUGGUUGGCCAAUGUGGAGAACAUUUGGCCAAUCUGUGGAGGAGGGAUGAAGGUGGAACAGGACAGUACCCACCGCCUACCCUUCAUGCUUUGCUGGAUAUUUAUCUUCUGGACAGUGUUGAUGAGGCUGCAAAACAUGCAAUUGUAAUCUACUUAUUGCUGGAUGUCAUGUAUUCCUUCCCCACUAAGGAGGGAGCGUCAGUGGAGUCUUUUCCCACAGCUUUUGACAUCCCUAUUGGAUUGGUUAAACUGGUGCAAGGCUUCUGGCUGCUGGACCACCGUGACCACCAGAGUUCAUUUGAACUGCUUCUGAAUCCGGCCGCCUCUCAGUGUCACUUUGAGUGGCAACAUGAGCGCGUCCUGCAAGCGUUCAUGUGUCAGGGCCAACAUUCAGUGGCGCUCCGCUACUUUCAUGUCACGAAGCCCUCCAUUUCCUCCAUCUCGCAGGCCAGACUCUGCCUGGCUGUACUGCUACACAACAGGUGUCUCACUGAGGCGUGGUCAUUGCUACGUCAGCACUCGAAUCAUCUCAACAGGGCCGAGCUGCUUGGCUUCCUGUACGAGACCUGCCAGGAGCUGGGUCUCAUCAAAGAGCUGCUCAAACUGCCCCUCGGCCCCACUGAGCAGGAAACUUUGGAGAAGUUUCUUCAAGGAACAGGCGGUCUUCAAAACAGGGAAAUACUGAUGGUUCAUUACCUUCAGCAAUCCAACUACAUACCUGCGCUGCAACUCAACCACAGCCUUAAAAUGCACCUCGUGAAUGAGCGAGACCCAAAGCUGAAAGAGCGAUCAGACACCCGCAACUCCAUACUGGAGCAGUAUGGCAAAAUUCUGCCCAGAGUUCAGAGAAAAUUGGCGAUGGAGAGAGCCAAACCCUACCAACAUCCCACCACCAUCCACAAAGAAGUGACUCGUCCACAGCCACUGUCAACAAUCAGCAAGCGUUCCGCGAAUGAGAAAGUGAUGUCUAGGGCGGGCUUUAUCAACAGUGUCUUGAAUAAGAUUGAGGAGGUGUGGAUGGGCAAAGGAGAGACACCUCUGUCCUCCCCUGCUAACUGUCCAAGAACUCCUGGAUUCCUGAGUCCACCACCUAAGCCUGCAACUCAAGCCCAACCGGAACCAUUCUUGGGAACCCCGUUAACUAUGAGCUCUAAACGAAAGUCAAGGCUAAGCGACUUGGUGGUUCAUCCCUCCUCUCACACCCCUCGACCACUCCUCAGUCCUGCCAGACCUUCUUGGGCCAUUUUAAAAAGCACAACUAAGGCCCCAGAAUUUAACCUCCUGCAAACUCCACUGAUUGUGAAGCGCGCUCGCGCCCUGGCUGCUUCCGGCGCAGUCUUCUCAGCAUUCACCCCUCAGUCCAUCCUUCGCAGUAGCCAGAGGCCCACUCCCAUGGCCACUCCCUCUGUGUCUCCGGGGCGCUCCAUCACCCCUCCGUUUCGCAGCAAAGAGAGCAGGAUCACUUUUGGUGAAGUGGCCGGGUCUCCUGAAGUGGAAAAGGACAUGCACUUGACCAACGGGAUGCUAGCAGACCGUGACAUUGACCUACUCACCAGAGGAGCCAGCCUGUCUCGCACACGCAAGACCUGGUCUGCACAACUCGAUGAAGAUGAAGAACCAGAAUCGCCCCACGUCAAGUUUAUGCCGCCCGAAGGCGGUAUUCCCUCGCCGCAGCUGAGAUGCUCUCUGAAGGAAUCAUUCCCAAUCCACGAAGCUGCAAAAUUAACCAAUCCCUUGGACGCAACCCAAGAUCAACCUAGCUUGAGCUUUGACACAAGCCAGACAUCUUUCCAGGUGACGGACACCACUCUGGAGUACUAUGAUGCGGAGGAACAUCAGGAGGAGGAGCAUCUCGACACCGAUAAAGAAGAUGACGUUGUGACUGUAAACCUUAAAUUUUUGGGUGAAAACGAACCAGAGCAGAACUCUAUUCCAGCUACCGAGCGGGCUUCUCUGCAAUUAUCAAACGAUGCUGAGAGUGAAGGCCAGGAGCUUAUGGAAGAAGAGACCUUUGAAGAUGUGAUGGAGAUUGCUGUGGAGCAAGACGAUGACAACAAAGAAGCAGCUGAGUGUAAAACGGAGAACCAACUAGAUGAGUUGGGAGGGGACCGAGAAAAUCCUGAGGUUAUUGACAGAGAGCAAGUUGAGUGCAAAUUGGACAAUGCACCAGACACGGAAUCAGGUAGCAAAGAAGCAGCUGUCGAAUUUAUUGACCAAGAAGAACCAUCAUAUCAUGGUGACGAGCUGUUGGUCGCUGCCGCAGAGACAGCAUCUCAGCCUCUGUCAUUCACCACCGAGGAGCAUCCAGCCCAGUCACAAGCCCUUGAAUCCACCGCCAUUUUAGAACACCAGAACGCAUGUGGAGACUCUCAAGCCAUCCCGAUCACGCAGCAAGAGAACGCAUGUGAAGACGGUGAAGCCACAAAAUUCAUCCAGCGCAUGAACUCAUUUGGAGACAUUGAAGCUGCAGCCUUCACUGAGCAUGCGCAAACAUGUGGAGACACUGAACCUGCAGAUGUACCAGCAGAGAAUUUGGAGCAAUCAACAGAUCUGAAUGAGUUUGUGGAGCGACAUUUGUUUGGUAGUGGCCUGUCUCCUCCUCUGACCCGCUCUGGAAUUCACGUCUUGUCACAGACAGCCCCCAGCGGGAUCGUGGAUGUAUUUAAAAAUACAGAGGAGGAAGAGGAGCCUUCUGCCAAAGCUCCACCUGUAUUCACCAGCCAAAAAUCCACUGCCUCUGUGACAUCUUCCGAGCCGACAGGCACCGACUCCAACUCGGUUGCGAGUAUGAACGACAGUGAAGAACUAUCGAGCUCCGAAUCUGAGGAGGAGGAGGAGGAGGGGGAUGAUGAUGAUGAAGAAGAAGAAGAGGAAUCUGAUGAGGAAGAGUGUAAUGAUGAGGAGGACUCUGGUAGUGAAGUGGAGAUCAUUGAGGAAAUCCAGGGAAACGGGAGUCUACGAGGCCUCCCAGCCAGCUCGGCCUUUCUUCAUGAAGAAAACAAUCACUUCUUAUCGGCUUUGUCGGAGCAGGACGCCGCACAGUUUUCUCUUAUACCGCCGGGGGUUGAGAUGAAGAUGGUCGGAGAGGAAAUGGAAGGAGAUGUGUUGAUGGUGAGACUUGGGGCAGAUACGGAAGUAAAGGAGACGCUCGGGGGCGAGGGACCAGGGUCAUCCUACAUGGAGCUGAAACCUUCAACCACUCUCCUUGUUCCUCUGGAGCUUGUGGAUGGCCAACGGGAGGCGAUCGACGCCGCCCCACUGCAACUGCCUGAGCUGCAGCAAGCCGUCGUACCAGACGAGCAGAAGUGUGCAAGUCAUGGCACCUUCUCGCUGGUGCUGGACAUGGAUGAGGAUGGCGGUCACGAGGCGCAUGUGUUGCCCAUGGAGAAUUGUACCGAGUCAUCGGAACCGAUAGCGGCGGCCUCCGGUGACCUGGCAACACAACGUGAGAUUAUUUUUCUGGCACCGGAUGCUCUCGAGUGUGAGGCGGCCACACCAGAAGAUGAGAGGAAGGAAAUCAAUGGGCAGACCGAGCCACAGAACACUGAGGUCGAACUGAAUGCGGCAGAAGAAAUGGAUGCGAAAGAUCACGAGCCUGUCAUUUUACCGGACUCUGAGACUACCGCGUCGCAGGAACCUACAGACACUUUGGAGGAGAGCGAUAGCGGGAAUUUUGUGAUAGCACAAGAUGCCAAUGUCGAGAUGGAACUAGAGGAAGGGAAACCUGAAAUUGCCGGGGCCCAGAAAGGCUCUGAAGGAGAUGAACCUGUUGAGAUGGAAGGAGCUGCCAACCAUGCAGAGACAGCAAACUCUUCGGAAGAAGACCAGCAACAUCUCGACCCCUCAGAACUGGAUAACCGAGAACAUCCAAAUGAGAGCCAAAUAAGUAAUGAAGAGGUUCAGGAUUUCACUUCAACCGGUGAACCUGAAGCUCUUGCCCCGGAGACUUCAACUUCUCAGAGGAAGACGACAGUUCCGUUCACUCCCACCCGAAUGACAACACGCUCGAGGAGAACGGUUACGUUCAUUACUCCCAUCCCUGAGGAACCGGAGACGGCAGAUAAGAGCACCGUGGUCCCUGCCUCGCUCAGUCGAACAUCUGGAACGAAAGGCACCAAAAUGCGAGCCGGUACACCUCGGAGAAGCUCUCGCAAAGCUCAACCUGAAUUUCCUCAAGCCCAGGAGGGAAGUCCAAAAAAGGGCCAGCCUCAGGAGGAGGAGAUGGAUAAAGACGAGGCAACAGCAGCUUUACAUAAUUACGCUGCUCCAUCACCAUACAGACGACGAGCUUCUCAAAGAGCCGCUCCUGUUCGAACCAGACAAACAAGCAGAAGUAAGGACGAACCCGAUGCCAGAGAGGAGGAACCAGAAGAUGAGAUCAGCGAUACAAACAUUGCUCCGAAAGCAGCCAGCAGGACUUCCAGCCGCGCCAAACGCACAAGCUCUCACACAAACACCCCAAGGAGGUCCAGUCGUCGAGUCCUUAACAGCAACGAGGUGUUGCAAACCACACUGGAGGUCCUACGAGAGGAAGACAAAGAACAGGUGGAGGUUUUUUCAGCAGCGGUCAAGCGCAGCAUCACGAGGCUCAAACCGUCAAAGGAGGAGGAGGGCGGAACACAGGCCGAUUCCAGCCCGACGAGGCCGACGCGUCAGUCCAGGCGCGUCAUUCUCGACGUCUUUCCAGACAGUCCAGCAAAGAUGGAGGCGAGCGUCAGUCAUGGCAAGCAUGAGCCCAAACUGAACAGCGCCGCGGGUCGUGAGAGUCUCCGGCAGACAACCAGAAGCAAAUUGUGGGAGCACCCAGAGGAAGACCUCUUCUUACUGGCUACCCCUUUGGAGGUGGAUUCUGAAACCCCGGUAGCUGACGCCCUCAUCAAGAGGCUCCAGGACGAAGAGGAGAAGCAGAAAGGCGAAGUUGUCAGAAAGAGGUCGAGGACCAGAAGGACGACAUCGUCCGCGGAUGUCCUGGUGGGAGAUUCUGCAAAGGACGAGACCAGCCCAGGAAACCAUUCAUUCGUCUACUUGCCCUCACGGAGGAGAACAAGAGCCAGCAUAGCGGAGUCGCCGGGCCCCAGUGACGAUGUUCCGGUGGCCGUCACUCGCAACGCGAGAAGAGCUGUCGACGGUGCUUCAAAGGAAGACUUCACUUCAGAUGAAGACUACACGAAAAAGGCGAAACCAGUUUCAAAAAGCAGAACAAGUGCCAAACGAACAGCCAAAUCCGCCCCGGAGCCUCUUCCCCUGGUCGAAGUGGAUCUGAUCUCACCACUGCCCAGUCCGGUCAAUCAGGCCCCGCAAGCCCGGAAGAGGGAGAAGCAAGGAGCCGCUCGGACGUCAUCGAGAAUGAACCUCCGCCGUAAACGCAUAAUGGACAGCGUUUUCAUCAAGCCUGUCACACGCAGAAAGAAUCUCUGAUUGAAAGUUGGUGGUUGACCUCAAAAGUGCUGCUUAGUUCAUUUGGACAAAAUGUCUUAACUCAUUCACUGCCAUUAACGGCGAAAGAUGUCAAAGAUCCGUUUUUACUGGGCCGGCAGUAAAUGAGUUAAAGGCUGCAUCAGUGGCCAUUUUGUUUUGGUCUCGACCUGGCAGUGAUCGACUGCUUGUUUGUUAUAGAUGCUCCCGUUAAAAAGAACCAGAGAAAGAAGUCAUUCUUUUUUGAGGAGACUUUCAAUCCAUUCUCUUUUAAACAUUAGCGGUUUAAUAUUAAACCUCUUGGAACACCGCUGUUAAGAAAUUCAACCAAUAUUUCUAACAAUGUAAAUUUUCUUUGUUCCAAAUAAUGUUAAAUAAUAAAUUCUAUUUUUUCCCCCUUUGGAAGUUUUACCACAUUUACUUAUGUAAUCACACUGUUUAGUCUUACGUUUUGAUUUGAAGAUUGGGGCGCACGACAUGUUCUUUGGUGCCAAAAAAUUGGACUCUCUUCCUACUGGCAAUGUUGUACAGUGUGCAAAUGCAAAGAAAAAAAACUGCAAAGAAAAGGAAAAAAAAUGGAUUUGUUGACCUGAGUGUUGUAUAGCUGAUACAUAGGUUAUUUUCUGAAGAGUGUAUGUAGAAUGUUAUUUUUGAUGACUGCUCUUUGAUAAACACAAUAAACAUUGAACGUUG